AUGCCUUUCCCCAUGAAUCACAUCACCUCGCCCAACGAGCCUUUUCCGACGACGGCGUCGCUGUCCUCGGCGACGACAACGCAUGUGCAGCAAAAUUUCCACAUCGCCACACGGAAGCUGCCCAUUUCCAAGUCGGGCGCCAUUGACGCCAUGACGGAGCGGAUCGGCAUCCCCAUGCCCGAGAUGAUCUUCGGCGACAACCUCGUGAGUAUCACGCACGCGCCGUCGGGCUGGUCCAUCUGCUUCGCGACGCCCGACGCGCUCGACGCCGUGGACAAGACGGACCGGCACAUGCUCAAGGUCGCGUACGCGCGCGACUGGGAGAGCACCCGCGAGGGCACCACGCAAAAGAUCAAAGAGGUCGUCAAGCCGUACGACUGGAGCUACUCGACCGAGUAUGCGGGCACGGAGACGACGCCCGGGGGGGUGCAGCUCAAGGAGAGCACGGAUGUGAUUCCCAUCGAGCUGCUGAAGCGGCGUGAUCCGAUCCUGUUCUUUGACGAGGUCGUGCUGUACGAGAGCGAGUUAGACGACAAUGGCAUCUCUGUCUACAGCGCCAAGCUGAGGGUCCAUGAGAAACGCAUGCUGCUUCUGUGCCGUCUAUUCAUGCGCUUGGACAACGUCAUUGUGCGCAUCCGCGACACGCGCGUUUACGUCGAUUUUGAUACCGAGCAAGUCAUCCGAGAAUACACAGCCAAGGAAGCGAGCUUCGAUCAAGUUAAAGGGGCCCUUUAUCGUUCUGGCCGCCUACCUGACGAUAUAACCAUUGGUCUACGGGAUCCCAACAUUCUUGACCCGUUCCUAAACAUUGUUGAGCACAGGAACGAAUCUGUGACCUUGAAGAGUGCUUAA